GCUGUGGGAAGUGGUCAGGUUCAUCCUACCCGAUCCGAAGGCGAGCCGCAAUCAGGGCUGCGCAGGUGCCGCUUUGAUUGACCAUCUUCGGGCGGAGUCGCAGACCGGGUAUGUGGAUAUUGAGGAAAUGGCCCUGCACCUGGUCAAGAUCGCGGAGACGGCUUGGAUGCGACAGUUGUCAACGUGGCUGUUGUAUGGGAAUGUCCCGGUGCUUGGGAAAGAUGAUUUCUUCAUUCAAGAAGAUAGAGUCUCCCCAGAUACCGCGCAGGCGCCAUUCAUCCUGCAUACGAGUUUACUGCCCAAGUUUGUUUUGCCGCAGACAGCGUCAUCCAUCUUGUUCAUUGGGAAAACCUUGAACCUGAUCCGCGCAAAGCGUAAUGCUUCUACAACCAGGCCAAGCGGCCUGCCAACCUAUCCGGUGACUCUGCAAGGCGAGCAUGUCGAAUAUCUCGCUGCGUUACAGUCACCCAUCUCAAGCUCAAUGCUAUCCAACGCGGUCGAUGCCAUCCGACUGUCAUUGUCGCAGAGCACCCUCUCAAAGAUCCUGCCGCUUCCUAAAACCCUGGAAAUCCUAUCUGUUCUUCACGAUUUUUUGCUUCUACGACGCGGCGAGUUCGCCAUGGCACUGGUUUCGCACGCCGACGUGCGGCUGCAGGAAAGACCCAUGGCUGCCCGAGCGAAAGCGGUGGAUGGUCUGGGAGGACUGUCCGUCAAAGACGGGGACGUCAUGGCAACGUUGGGGCACGCGCUAUCCGAGCUUUAUUCCCUGCAGUCUGAGGAAGAUCCCGUGGAUGAUGCGCUUGAUCUCGCCAAAGACCUCCUUCGGCUCUCUGUCGGCGGGCAGAGCAACUCCACGGCAGCCGGUCCGGCAGAGUUAGCCGGGUCUGGACUGUCACCAGACAUCUCCCAGGUCGCGUUCGACGACCUCCUAUUUCCAGCGCCAACCUGCCUCUCCGUCCAAGUCGGGCCCCCUCUCGACCUGUUUCUCUCCGCCUCCGACAUCUCCGUCUAUUCCAAGGUGCACGCCUACUUACUCGGCAUCCGGCGCGCGCAAAUCCGGUUAAGCGGUCUCUGGAAGCACACGUUUCUCCGGCGAAACCAUCCCUCCCCGUGGGGUCCGCCACGCAGCAACUCGGCCUUUGGGCAGAACAUGCUGGGCGUGGGCCGACAGCGAGACAACGCGCGGACGCGGCAGAUGCGACCCGUGUGGGCAACCAGCAGCGCAUCUCUCUUCCUCCUAUCCGAAAUCGGAAGCUUCUUCCAAGCCGAAGUGAUCCAGGGCUCCUGGCAGCAUUUUCAAACCUGGAUUGAAGACAGCCAACCCCCUUCCCCAACAAGCUCGCGACCAGGAACUGCCUCGUCGGCGCAGAGCAAGCCACCAGACCACCCAAACCACUCUACCACCCGCCCUCCACGACACGACCCCGAGACCCUCACGGUCGCACACCGACGAUACCUAUUCGCACUCGUGCAGUCGCUCUUCCUAACCGACGUCCCAUUCACCCAGUCCCUCCGAUCGCUCCUAAAGCGAGUAGACCAUUUCGUCGCGCUGGUCAUCCGCCUGCAGACGAUCCAACGCAACAUGGACCUCGAGACAGACGAAGGCGUGGUCGACGCGUUGGCCGAUUACGCAGGCGAAGAGACCGAACUGUGGCAGGCGCUCGGGGCAGCGCGGGGCCGGAUGGAAGUCAGCAUCCGGGAGGUGGUCGCACGGUUACGCGACAUCGACGACAGCCGAUCAGCCGAAGGACGCGAGAUAUUCGCCCUCGGCCAGCGAACGCACCCCUCCGCAGAGAGCUGGUCCGGGCGCGCAGGACCAGACGGUGCGCAUUAUGUGCCUCGCAAGACGGCGGGCGUCGACCGACUGCUGAUGAAGCUGGACUUUGGGAAUGCCAACGGGAGUCGCGUCUAGACUGACGGAUCCUGCAUUGUAGUCGCCCUGGUGGAGAGCUGUGUCGAUCUCAACCAAUCGGGGCCAGGGGAUCGGCCAACUGGUUUGAUCUUAAUGCUUACACGCUGCCGUCACC